AUGACACAUAAAAUACGGCAUAAAAAAUUGGUGACGUUUGCAGACGUGAAGCGACACUGUGGUAUGUGUCGACAACAUGGCGUGGUGGUCGAGACACGUGGCCAUAUCUGCCAGUUCAAAAACUGUGAAUGCGAUAAGUGCAAGCUCGUCCGUAAACGACGAUCCAUAAUGUCAACACAGAUCCGCCUACGCCGCGAACAAGACAAAAGAUUCCAGAGAACAACGAUUGCCUCUGAAGCCGACGUCGUGCCAUCUAAUGGUGUCUUUGAGCCGGAGAAGCGACACGAUAUCAGUCUGUGCUAUUUCUGUCAAAAGUGCAAGAAUCACGGAGUCCUGAUGUGGAAAAAGUCGGGCGCUUUGGAUCUAAGCAGUUCUAGAGUUUGUCAACAGUCUAAUAUAAGCCGCAACCGGAAGUGGAUAUUACAAGGAAAUUUCAGGAUCACAAACGGAAGCUGCGAAUAUGCGAACUGUCGUUGUGAACAGUGUGAUCUUAUUGAUACCAGGAGAGCACUGGAUCGACAUAUAAAGAACAGCAAGGAGGCCAAAUCAACAAACUCCUCCGACUACGGCUCAUCUAGUUCGUCUGAAGAGUACAGUUCUGGAAGCGACAGCAACACUGGCUCGCUGCCUUUCGUCACCAUGCCGGUCUCUUUGGCAUGCAGUACAAAAACGAUUCCUCUACUUCCAACCUCCGACAUUCCUCUGCUGAAGCCAGCGAUAAACACCAACGGAUCGUUGUUGUUGCCUGGCAUACCUUCGGCAUUCCUGCCACCUUCUCCUCUCAACCCCUCACUACUUCCUCUCUCCUCUCUACUCUGUGGUGGACUCAUACCGAAUACCUCAAGCGACUUCCUGGUUUCAAACUUUCUCAGUGCACUAUCACCAUUUGAGAUUCAAUUGCUGUUGACUAGUUUCCGCUCUAGUAGUGGUACCGGUGCUUGUUUGAAUUUUGAUAUAGAAGCAUUAUUGAGAUAG